UGAUCUGAUCAGAGGCAGACCGACCUUCCCGAGGUCGCACCGGGCGUGCGCUGAAAGACCAGGGAGAGUCGUCUCGUCACUACGACGACUAACGACGCUGCGGCCAGGACACAGACAGCAGUGUCAGGUCGAGCAUUUCGUAACGGAACUCGUUAACUGAUCGAACUUCAGAAUUUUCUCUCUCACGCCGCGCGAGGGCGGAUUUGCUUCAGAAACGGCCGCUCGCUGUUGGGAAGUCCAGCCUAUAUCCGCUUAUUUAUUGCACGGCGUCGCGAGUGACACCUGGCCAUGAGCGGGGUCGCGCAUCCGUACUAUCCUCGCGAUAUCCAGCUACCGAACUAUGUCCCGCCAGCGUGGAGCACGGCGGAGCUCUUCGGCGUGUUCGGGGUGGCGGUCGGGUUGAUCUUCACCCUCUCAUGGCUGUUCGCACGCUCCUGCCGCCACUUGUCCGUCGUGGAGCGAGUCACGUUCAGCUGGUGGGCGGUGACGGGCGCCAUCCACAUGCUCAUGGAGGGAGCCUUCGUCGCCUUCCCCGCCCUCAUCAGCAGCACCAGCAAGGCGUUCCUCCUCGAUGCAUGGAAGGAGUACGCCAUUUCUGAUUCCCGCUAUGCCACCCGCGACACGUGCAUAGUCUCUCUCGGAGGCAGUCACUGCGUUCGUUGAAGGCCCUGCCUGCAUGCUCAUACUGUAUGCCAUGGCGGCCAGGAAGCCCUUCAGCAAUCUCCUCCAGUUCACGGUGUCUCUCGGGCAGCUGUACGGAGCUGCAGUGUACUUCGCCACGAGCUACCUGGAAGGUUUCCCCCACUCGGACCCCCAUCCGAUCUACUUCUGGGGCUACUUCGUUGGCAUGAACGCCAUCUGGAUCGUUGUGCCGUUUCUUAUUCUCUGGCGUUGCUGGGCGCGCAUUGUAUCAGCGGAGGCGUCAGUGCAGGCUGUAGCCCCCCGCAGAUCCAAGAGGGAGUGAACGCCGUUUGGAUCGUGGUGCUGUUGAGUUGAUCAUCCUCUGGCGAUGCUGGGUGCGCAUUGUGCGGCAGCGGAGGCUUCAGUACAAGCUGUAGUGUACUAUCAGCAGGGGCUUCAGUGCAGGCUCCAGUAGCCAAGAGAUUUAGGAGAUAGCGAAUGGCCGAUCGCUGUAUGCCGGCUGUAUGCCGGCUGUAUGCCGGCUGUAUGCCCGCUGUAUGCUCUUGGAGAAGGCAUACGAUGGGCGUAUUGAGCUGUUUGGUCAGCGAAGGAGAGACAUAGGGACAUGGAUAGAGAUGUAGGUAGGUAGCUGUACCAUCGGUUGAAUCCACACUAGCUGAUAAGCCAUUCACAGCUAUUAUUGAAGGGGAAUAAUGAAGAGCACAUCGU